AGACGGGUGUAUAGAACAACAACACAUGUACCACAGGAAUUAGGACAGAUCAUGGAUUCAGAAACAUUUGAAAAGUCUCGUCUGUAUCAGCUGGACAAAAGUACUUUCAGCUUUUGGUCAGGCCUGUAUUCAGAAGUUGAGGGCACUAUGAUUCUCCUCUGUGGAGGAAUUCCUUUUCUCUGGAAUCUGUCUGGUCACAUCUCUGAUCGUGCUGGGUUCGGACCAGAAUAUGAGAUUGUUCAUUCAUUGGUAUUUCUGCUGCUUGCAACUCUCUUCAGUGCAGUGACCGGUCUCCCAUGGAGUUUGUAUAACACAUUUGUCAUAGAAGAGAAACACGGCUUCAAUCAACAGACACUGGGAUUUUUUUUUAAGGAUGCUAUCAAGAAGUUUAUCGUGACUCAGUGUAUUCUCUUGCCAGUGACAUCCCUUCUGCUUUACAUUAUUAAAAUAGGGGGGGACUACUUCUUCAUCUAUGCCUGGCUCUUCACAUUAGUUGUUUCCUUGGUGCUCGUUACAAUCUAUGCAGACUAUAUUGCACCUUUGUUUGAUAAAUUCAUUCCUCUUCCUGAGGGAGAGCUCAAGCAACAAAUUGAAACAAUGGCAAAGAGCAUUGACUUCCCAUUGACUAAGGUGUAUGUUGUUGAAGGUUCUAAGCGUUCUUCUCAUAGCAAUGCUUAUUUCUAUGGAUUCUUCAAGAAUAAGCGGAUAGUGCUCUUCGACACCCUCCUGGAAGAUUAUUCUGCAUUGAACAAAGAGCCGACAGAAGAAGAAGAUGGUGAGAAUGAAGAGACAAAAUCUAAAACCAAAAAUAAGAAGCAAGGAUGUAAAAAUGAAGAAGUUCUGGCUGUACUUGGUCAUGAAUUGGGUCACUGGAAACUAGGUCACACUGUCAAAAAUAUUAUCAUCAGCCAG